AUGUCUACCAAAUCAAACACAGUCUCGUCAGUUGGCCUCCUGUGCAUGGCUCUUCUCAGUUUGCCUGGCUCAGCACGGGCAACUCCCUCUCCAUUAGGCCCAAAAGGUCUUAACUGGUUGCUCCCUUUUGUGGGUGACUGGAACUGCUAUCAGCAAGGCGAAGCAAACGGGAGCGGUGGAGGUGGUAGCAGCACCGGCGCGAACCUCACGUAUUCCAUCAAGAUGACCAAAGUUAAUGUGACCCUGGACUCCGAUCAACCGAGUCCGUUGCUCACGGCCCACUCCGUCAUCACUUACGACGCUGAGAAGGAAAUCUUCAACUACACUUACAGUGACAGUGGAGGCAACAGUGGACCCGGCACAUCGGUUGGUUGGGAGGAGGGGGGUCACUUCCGAUUCAUCACCUGGCCCCUGACCAAUCCCGGCAGACCGGGUAUCGAAGCUCGAACUAUGGAUGAUUUCCUUCGGCCCACCAGCCCUGAUCAAUUUACCGACAAGUUCUAUGCCAGCCAAGAUGGCGGCAACACCUGGUUGCCAGCAGGCCAACUCGACUGCACCCGUGCCCCCAAGUCCCACUAA